GGCUUGCUGGCAUAGCGCGCUUUUGGUGGGGCUUGCAGUCUCCUGGGAAUGGCUGUCCCCAGUCGAGAAGAACUGAUAACUCUCCGGGAGUCUUUCCGGGCCAAGAAGCAAGCAUGUUUCAUCUUGGGUGCCUCAGGUGAGACCGGGAAGGAGUUGCUGGCAAAAAUCCUGAGGCAGAAACUGUUCUCCAAGGUGACAAUCAUUGGCCGGAGAAAGCUGGAUUUGGAAGCGCCAUUCUACAGCAAUGUGAGGCAAGAAGUUGUUGACUUUGAGAGACUGGAUGAGUUUGCUGCUGCCUUCCAAGGUCACGAUGUAGGAUUCUGCUGCCUUGGCACGACCAGAGGCAAAGCUGGAAUGGCUGGACUGGUGCGUGUUGACAGAGAUUAUGUUCACCAUGCAGCAAAAUUAGCCAAAGCUGGUGGAUGCCGCCAUUUCAUCUUACUGUCAGGCAUGGGAGCAAGUCCCACCAGCCGUUUCUUCCUCUUGCAGGUUAAGGGUGAAGCAGAGUUGAAGGUCAAAGCAAUUGGGUUUGACCGCUACUCCAUAUUUCGACCAGCGUUGCUGCUGUGCGAUCGUCAGGAGUCGCGUCCUGCUGAGUGGGUUGCGAGGCAAGUUCUCGGAGCAGUAUCGUACAUCUUUCCCACAUUUUAUUCUGUCUCCACAGUGACUGUGGCCCGGGCAAUCGCAAACAAUGUAGUAAUGCCAGCACCUGCUAACAAGAAGGUGGAAAUUCUAGAGAAUGCAGAUAUACAUGCCCUAGGAAAUAUUAAGUAGUUGGCAGGCUUGUUCCUGGAUGAUAUGGAUGGGUGGAAAGCACCCCCUCUGCCCCAAUGCCCAAAUCUUGCCUACCUUUCCUCUUCCACAGAGACCACCCUUCAAACAGGGAGGUCUCCCAUAUUUCCUUGAAACCAUUCUUCUGUCUUUCCAUGGUAACCCAGCAAACCACCCUAGUUCCCGUGGCCACCAUUUUGAAUAAUAUUGAG